AUGCCUACUUUACAAAGCACCGUGGCGACGGUGGACGCGACUGCUAACACCCUCCGGCGCUGUGGCCCCCUAGGGCCCGCACUGGGCACGGCUGUGGCCCAGGUGGCCCUGCAGUUCAUCUGGAACGACUUCAGCGACGAGUACAACCAAACCGAGCGCAAGAGGACGUACUUCCCGUCGGUGCUCAUCAACGACCACCUGUACCGCCUGACCAUCGCAGACCUGCCGGUAAUCCCGUACUUCCCGAGCUCGCCGCGCCGCGAGUGGGCCGACUUCCGCUUCUGCGGCCUGCGCGGCGCGUCCGCCUACGUGCUCGUGUACGACGCGUCCAACGCCGGCACGUUCCGGCACGUGCGCGCGCUGCGCGACCAGAUGUGCGAGGCGCGCGACAUGCGCGGCGUGCCCGUCGUCGUGGUGGGCAACAAGCGCGACCUGGUCGCGUGCGCCGCCGGCACCCCCGGCGCCGCCGCCGGCGACUGCGGCUCGGCCGAGCGCCGCGAGAUCGCCAACCUGGUCAAGAAGCAGUGGAAGUGCUGCUACGUGGAGUGCAGCGCCAAGUACAACUGGCGGGUUGUCACCGUGUUUCGCGAGCUCAUGAAGAUCGUGGACGGCAUCGAGACCGGCCAGGGCUACAAGGAGGUCUGCUCCCCGAUGAGGGACAACUUCCAAGAGGCUCUGGACAGGAACAGGUGCAACAUCAUAUAA